AUGGCGACGCCGUUGACGGGGUUGCAGCACAUGGACGGAGGCGGAGGAGUGGCGGUGCUGUCCAAUUCCGUGAACAAGGUCGAUUCUUCUUCGUCUUCUUCGGCCAAUGGUUGCUUAAAGAGCUUGGAGCCGAGGUCUCCGAUUCUGAUUUUCUUGUUCUUUCACAAAGCAAUUCGUAAAGAGCUCGAUGCGCUUCACCGAUUGGCCAUGGCCUUCGCCACCGGAAAGCGAACCGAUAUUAGGCCGUUGCUCGAGCGCUACCAUUUCUUAAGAUCGAUUUACAAGCACCACUCCAAUGCUGAAGACGAGGUAAUCUUUCCAGCUCUUGAUAUACGUGUGAAGAAUGUAGCACAAACAUACUCCCUUGAACAUAAGGGCGAAACCAAUCUUUUUGAUCAUUUAUUUGAGCUGCUAAAUUCUAAUGCAAAAGAUGAUGAAAGUUUCCCGAGGGAGUUAGCAUCUUGUACAGGAGCCCUACAAACAUCGGUCAGCCAGCACAUGGCUAAGGAGGAGCAACAGGUCUUUCCCUUGCUCGUUGAGAAGUUCUCAGUUGAAGAGCAGGCAUCUCUGGUCUGGCAGUUUCUGUGCAGCAUUCCUGUCAAUAUGAUGGCCGAGUUUCUUCCAUGGCUUUCAUCGUCUGUUUCACCUGACGAACAUCUGGAUUUGCGAAAAUGCUUAAGCAAGAUAGUUCCAGAGGAAAAGCUUCUUCAAAAAGUAAUUUUCACCUGGAUGGAAGGUAGAAGAAGUGCUGACUUGUUUGAAAGUUCUCUAGAUUCCCCUCAGUUCCAAUGUUGUGUGGAUUCUGGUGCUAGCACAUCAAGUCAACAUAUGGAGAAGGUAAAUUGUGCAUGCGAGUGCAGGACUGGGAAGAGGAAGUAUUUAGAGUCAAGUACGGAUGUUUCUGAUACCAGUGCGGGGCAUCCAAUAAAUGAAAUACUGCUUUGGCAUAAUGCCAUUAAAAGGGAAUUAAAUGAGAUAGCUGAGGAGGCUAGGAAGAUACAACUGUCUGGAGAUUUUACUAAUCUAUCAGCUUUCAAUGAGAGGUUGCAAUUUAUUGCUGAAGUUUGCAUCUUUCACAGUAUUGCCGAGGACAAAGUCAUAUUUCCCGCAGUUGAUGGAAAAAUUUCCUUUUUCCAAGAGCACGCUGAAGAAGAAAGUCAAUUCAAUGAAUUCAGGUGCUUGAUUGAAACUAUUCAAAGUGCAGGAGCCAUCUCUACUUCAGCUGAUUUUUAUGCGAAGUUAUGUUCACAUGCUGAUCAAAUAAUGGAAACUAUCCAGAGGCACUUCAGCAAUGAAGAAGUUCAGGUUCUUCCGCUUGCUCGAAAGCACUUCAGCUUCAAAAGACAGCGCGAACUUUUGUAUCAAAGUUUGUGCAUGAUGCCUUUAAGACUCAUUGAGCGUGUUUUGCCAUGGCUAGUCGGGUCAUUGACGGAAGAUGAAACGAAGAAUUUUCUCAAAAACAUGCAGUUAGCAGCUCCAGUGCCUGAUUCUGCUUUGGUAACACUUUUUUCUGGAUGGGCAUGCAAGGCUCGUAAUCAGGGUUCAUGCUUAGACAGCUUGAUAUCAGCUCAAGCAAAUAACGUGAAGAGGCUGGUCAAACGAAAUGUUUCAAUGUCAUGCAAACACAGUGAUGCCUCUGAACCUUCAGAGACUGUAAAUGCCCAGAAACCAUGUUGUAGUGAUCAGUCCUGCUGUGUCCCAGGUUUAGGAGUAAACAGCAAUAAUCUCGGGUCAAGCUCUCUUUUUGGGGCCAAGUCUUUGCGAUCCUUGUCUUUCAGCUCCAGUGCCCCAUCUCUCAAUUCCAGUCUUUUUGUCUGGGAAACAGAUAGUUCCUCUUCUGAUUUUGGCUGUGGAGAACGACCUAUUGAUACUAUUUUCAAAUUUCAUAAAGCCAUACGCAAAGAUUUGGAGUAUUUGGAUAUUGAAUCUGGGAAGCUUAGUUAUUGUGAUGAAACCACCCUCCGGCAGUUUAUAGGAAGGUUUCGCUUGCUGUGGGGCUUAUACAGAGCACAUAGUAAUGCAGAGGAUGAUAUAGUGUUUCCUGCGCUGGAAUCCAAAGAGGCGCUUCAUAAUGUGAGUCACUCAUACACACUGGACCAUAAACAGGAGGAAAAUUUAUUUAAAGAUAUCUCACAUGUUCUUUCCGAACUUUCUCACCUUCAUGAAAGCUUGCAAAAGGCUCACAUGGAUGAGGAUUUAGCUGGAAGUAGCAUUAGCUUUCUUGAUGCUAAUGAUAUCAACUAUACUAGAAAGUAUAAUGAGCUAGCUACAAAGCUUCAAGGGAUGUGCAAAUCUAUAAAAGUUACACUAGAUCAGCAUAUUUUCAGGGAAGAACUUGAGCUGUGGCCAUUAUUUGGCAGACACUUCACUGUCGAGGAGCAAGACAAAAUAGUGGGCCGCAUUAUUGGGACCACUGGUGCUGAGGUGCUCCAAUCAAUGUUACCAUGGGUGACUUCUGCACUUACUCAGGAUGAACAGAACAAAAUGAUGGAUACGUGGAAGCAAGCAACUAAAAAUACAAUGUUCAGUGAGUGGCUCAAUGAAUGUUGGAAAGGAACUUCAGAGUUAACUUCACGAACUGAAACAUGGGAAAGCAGCAUUCCUCAAAAAGGUGUUGAAUUUCAAGAAAGCUUGGACCAGACUGAUCAGAUGUUCAAACCUGGUUGGAAGGAUAUUUUCCGUAUGAAUCAAAAUGAACUUGAGUCAGAGAUCAGAAAGGUUUAUCGUGAUGAGACUCUUGAUCCGAGGAGAAAGGCAUAUCUUGUGCAGAAUCUUAUGACUAGCCGCUGGAUUGCUACUCAGCAGAAGUUACCUCAAGAAAUAGCAGGAGAAUCUUCUACUGGUGAAGACGCAGUUGGACGCUCACCAUCAUAUCGAGAUGCAGAGAAAAAAGAAUUUGGGUGUGAACACUACAAAAGAAACUGCAAACUCCGAGCUGCUUGCUGUGGCAAGUUAUUUGCAUGUAGAUUUUGCCAUGAUAAUGUGAGCGAUCAUUCAAUGGAUAGGAAAGCAACAUCAGAAAUGAUGUGCAUGCGCUGCCUGAAUGUUCAGCCGGUUGGGCCAAUAUGCACUACACCUUCAUGCAAUGAACUAUCCAUGGCAAAGUAUUACUGCAAUAUAUGCAAAUUUUUUGAUGAUGAAAGGACUGUAUAUCAUUGCCCGUUUUGCAAUUUAUGCCGCCUUGGAAAGGGUCUUGGCAUUGACUUCUUUCAUUGCAUGACAUGCAAUUGUUGCCUGGGGAUAAAGUUAGUGAACCACAAGUGCCUGGAGAAAAGUUUAGAAACAAAUUGCCCCAUCUGCUGUGAUUUUUUAUUCACAUCAAGUGCAACAGUUAGAGCUCUGCCCUGUGGCCAUUACAUGCAUUCUGCUUGCUUUCAGGCGUACACUUGCAGUCACUAUACUUGUCCAAUUUGCAGCAAAUCUUUGGGAGAUAUGGCGGUUUACUUUGGCAUGCUUGAUGCAUUAUUGGCUGCCGAGCAGCUUCCAGAGGAAUACAGGAACCGUUGUCAGGACAUCCUUUGUAACGACUGCGAUCGAAAGGGUUCCUCACGGUUUCACUGGCUAUAUCACAAGUGUGGAAACUGUGGAUCUUACAAUACCCGGGUGAUCAAGGGCGAGACAACAAAUACUGACUGCCCUGCAUCACACUAA